AUGAAAAAAUUUCUUAAAUAUCUGAAAACAUCUACUAUAGAAUAAUAAGAGCCUAUUACUUAGAAUCAGUCAGAUUAAGAACAUUUUCUAGUUUUAGUUGGUGAUUUAAUUAAAUAUUAAAAUGAACCAACAAAUCCUUCUAAAAUCAUCCCCAUCAUUAGAUAAAUCAUUUUAUAUGCAAUUAAAGGAGACAAUGAAUUACAUAAAUAAUUAUUCGAGUAGUUUAUGGAAAUUGAUAUUCUGAAUAGACUCUAUGAUAUAUUGUAAAGAAGAUUAUGUCAUCCUUCUUUAAUCUAAGAAGUAUUUCAAUAGACAAUAUAUUUAUAGAUUUUUGAAUAGAUAAGUUCAUUAUUAAUAAAUGUGAAGGAGAUCACGAAUAAGAACUAUAUUUUAUCACAUUCUAGUAUUUCAAAUAUGGUUUUAUGGAAGUAAUCUUUUGAACAAUAUUAACCAAAUGUUGAGAUUGUAGAAACAUAUAUCAGCUUUUUGAAUUUGUUAGCAGUUAAAUUAGAUGACAUUACAACAAUGUUUUUUAUUAAUCUCAAAUAUCCAUAGUUUCCACUUUUAUGGAAUGCUAUUAGAUUCUAUAAUCAUCCUGAAUUGAUGGUAAGAAAUAAAAGUAGAUCAAUUGUUUUGCAUAUUCUUAAUAGUAAUAUACUUAUUUCUAUUUACUUUUAGUCAAAAACCAAAACAUUAUGGCUUAUACUAGUAGUUUUCCAUUUUUACAAUAUUAUUUUAAUCUUGGAAAUCAUGUAUUAAUUACUAUUAAAUAAAUUAAUGUGAUUGUUGAAAAAAUUAAAUGGAGAUUUGAAGGAUAAUAACAAGAACAAUUAGCAGCCCUUUCUGAAGAAUUGAAAGAAUAAUUACAAUAUAUUCAUGAUCUCUUUAUCAAUAAUUAAUAUUUGUAAUAAUUGAUAUUAGAUUAUGCAAUCUAGAGACCAGUAAUUCAAUUAAGUUAAGUUAUCAAAUUUGGUUAUGUAAAUUAUAAUCAUAAUUCAAAUAGCAACAUUUUCAUAUUGCUGUUGCUCUUUAAGCCUUCUUAUUAUUCUUACAAUAUUUUAGGACCAAUAAUAAAAUUAUACAAUACAUCUACUAUGUCUUUCUAUCUCAAGACAAAUCUAAAAUUAUGAUAUCUGAAGAUAUUUGGGGAUAUUCGAAUUCAUAUGAUAAUGACUAAAAUUUCAUUAAAAAGUUAUGUCUAUAAAUUUAUCAAACUUUACAGCCUAUUGAUUUAUAGGAUUUAAAACAUGAAAAUUUAGAUAUUAAACUCAGUCUCUAAUCAUUAAGGCAAGUUGACUAAAUUAUUCUUUAGUAAACUGUUGAAACAGAUAUAAAAAUUUAAGAAGCUUAACUUUUAAGUAUUAUUAAUUAACAUUGUUCAAAUAAGGAAGUACUAAUUUAUGUACUACUUUUUAUUAAGGAAUUAGCAAAUGCUGAAAUCAUCUAAUCAUAUUAUUAAAAUGUAAUUAUUGAUUCUACUCUAGAUGCUUAAACUUGUAUUUGAAUAAGAUUAACAAUUAGUAGUUGCUAUUUUAUCAUUAGAUAUCCUUUAUGAAUUUAAAUAAAAAUUAGAUAUUAAUACUUAUGUCAUCUAACUAUACAAUUAAAUCCUUGCAGAAUUUAUUUAAAUUAUUAAAACAUCAUAAUUAUUUUUAGAUCAAUUAAUUGAUACAUUUAAGAAGUAAAAAAAAUAUGUUAUUUUAGGAAAAUUAUUCCAAUCAAUAAAGAAUUUAUUAUUGAUCAAUAAAUCAAUGUUCAUCAUGAAAAAUAUGCGAUUCUUUUUGAUCCCUAUAGUUCAUUAGCUAAGAUUUAGAAACUUGAAUAUUGUAUUAUACUUCUUCAGGAUAAAAUUUUUAAUGAUUUACCUAAGAUCAAUGAAUAAUAUCCUGAGUUAACAAAACUUUAAGUUCCUUUUUACUAAAUAGGUGAUAAACCUAAUUGUAACAAAAUGGCAUGUUAAUAUAGUGAGACUGGACAUUUCUAUAAUAUGGAAACUUAGUACUGUUAAAUUUAUACUGUAGUUAUAUUUUAGAUGUUGAUAACUUUUUACAUAUUGUAUAAUUGGAUGAAAAUGGAGUGAUUGUAGAUGUGAUAUGCUCUAAAUUAUGGCAAUUAUUAUAGGUUUAUGGAAUAGAAAGAGUAUAAGUUCUACAAUUUACUUACUUUGAUUUUUCAAAAGUAUAAAAAUUGUUAAUAAUUUAAAUAGUUUUAUUUGAGACUCUAAAAUUUUGAUGAUGUGAAAUAUGUAGAUUCUCUAGCAUCUUAGUAGCAACAAAAAUUUGGAGAUUGGUUUAAAGAGCUUCUUAUUUAGAAAUUGGAGAAAGUUAAAUAGAAAAUAAUAGUAAAUUAAUGA